AUGUCUUGCUGGCGCUCCUGCUGCGGCAACUUCUGGGGGAGCAGCAACAGUACAUCCGAGUUACACAGCCAUCGCACUCUGGCGUCGAAGUCUUCAGCAUCUACGCAGUCUUGGGAGGAAGAGCCCGUAGAAGUAGAGGCCGUAGAAAGCCCUCCAGAAAAGCCAAAUUUUCAGCCCCACAGCGAGGCCAAUGCGGAGCUACUCUCCAAGAAAUGGAUCACUCACGUUCAAAAAAGAGCAGCAAAAGUUUGGGAAAGGGAUGAGGUACUCGGUCUUCUUAAAACUGUUGCCCUGAGCGUCAGCUUUACAGAUGACCCUAUCCUGGGAGACCCUUCCCCUAGUGCGCCUUGUGUGCUGUGGCACGGAGACACUUCAAUGGAGCAGGGCCUGCCUGUAAUUCAGGUGCAGAAAAGAGGCCAAGACAAAACGGUUCCUAGUUAUGUCUGCAAACUCUUGUCAUUUCUGUUCGCUGAUGACGACUCCCUCAAGAUGCUCAAACAGAUUGCACCGGGACAAGUCAGCAUGAAUUGCGGCAACUCGCAGUGCAUACGUUUGUCUCACUUCGUGGGAUAUACGCCAAAGUGGGCCGCCAAGUAUCAACCUCAGGCAAAGGCAAAGGCGAAGACGCCAGCGAAAGCCAAAGGGAAAGCAGCACCUCAGCGUGCCUAG